AUGUUGCAAGCCAGAGAUGAACAACUCCGUUGCCAUGGACAUUUUACAGCUGAAGUCCUACCAAGACGAGUGGGACCGAACCCAACGAGCCAUGGAGCUCGCGAGACGAGAUCAGCAGAGCAAAGAUCAGGCGAGCCGACCCUUGGUCGGUCCUCGGUGGUUAGACUCUGCUACCUCCCAGACCGUUCCGUUGGUCAUCACGUGCUUCGACCUACCUAA